GGCCAGUCUAACGUUCGUGUUAGAAUUCACGUUCGAUUUAGCGUGCACGCCUUUUGUAAAUUUUGAUCUUUUUCCGAGUGCAUUUAAAAUUGGACAAAAGCGAAAAUGAUGCCCAUCCUCGUUCUAAGUCAUAACACUAAAAGGGAGUCUGGGCGUAAAGUCCAGAAUGAGAACAUCGACUCAGCAAAGGCGAUCGCUGACGUCAUUCGGACAUGUUUGGGUCCUCAGGCCAUGCUUAAAAUGUUGAUGGAUCCUAUGGGCGGCAUCGUCAUGACAAAUGACGGGAACUGCAUUUUGCGUGAGAUCACUUCGCCUCACCCUGCUGCAAAAACCAUGAUUGAGGUAGCCCGUACUCAGGACGAAGAAGUUGGCGAUGGCACAACAUCUGUCAUUAUUCUGGCUGGAGAGAUGUUGGCAGAAGUCCAACAGUACAUUAAUACUUACCAUCCUGUAGCUUUAAUAAGAAUUUUUAAAAUUGCUUUGAAAGAUAUUAUGGAAGCUACUGACAAGUUUGCCAAAGAGAUGGAUUUCAGCAAUCGUGAUGAAGUUAAGAAAGUCGCCAAGGGUUGCCUCGGCACCAAAUUCUUGGGACAGUGGGCUGAUCUCGCGUGUGAUAUCGCUUAUGAUGCCGUUAACAUGGUGCUCGAAAGGAAGCAAGGUUACAAUCGUGUCGAUAUAAAAAACUUUGCACGAAUUGAAAAAAUUCCAGGUGGUCUUAUUGAAGAUUCGCAAGUUUUGGAAGGUAUUAUGAUUAACAAAGAUGUGACUCACCCUCAAAUGAAAAGAAAAAUUGAGAAUCCCAGGAUCCUUCUACUCGAUUGUCCCCUUGAAUAUAAGAAAGGAGAAAGUCAGACGAAUGUAGAAAUUCUAAAAGAAGGCGAUUUCACACGGCUCCUUCAAAUUGAAGAAGAAUACAUCGAGAAGUUGUGCAAACAGAUAAUUGCAGCUAACCCGAAUCUUGUCUUUACAGAAAAAGGAGUGUCAGACUUGGCACAGCAUUACCUUGUAAAAGCCGGUAUAACCGUUAUCAGACGUGUUAGAAAGAUGGACAACAAUAGAAUCGCAAGAGCCACAAAUGCCACGAUAAUCAGCCGACUUGAUGAAUUACAGGCUCAUCACAUCGGAACAGGUGCUGGUCUUUUCGAAGUCAAGAAAAUGGGUGAUGAAUAUUUCACAUUUUUAACAAAAUGCAAGAAUGCAAAAGCAUGUACUAUUUUGUUGAGAGGCCCUAGUAAAGAUGUACUCAAUGAAGUGGAAAGAAACUUAAACGAUGCAUUAAAUGUAAUCCGUUGCAUAAGUCAUGAGUCAAAAGUCGUUCCUGGAGGCGGAGCCAUAGAAAUGAUGGUCAAGGCAGAGCUUACUGAGAAGCAUCCUGAAGUCUUAUCUGGAAUGGAACCGUACUCUGCUGUGACAAAUGCCCUUAGCAUCAUCCCGAAAAUACUUGUCCAAAAUUCCGGCGUGAGCAAUGUCAUCCAUGUGUUAGCCGAAUUCGAGAGAAGAAUUUCACACAAGGAACAAGUCGGCAUAAAUGGUGUCACUGGCAAAAUUGUACCUUCAGAGGAACUUAACAUUUGGGAACCACUUGCAGUAAAGAAACAAGUUUACAAAACAGCUAUAGAAAGUGCAAUCCUUCUGCUCCGGGUCGACGACAUCGUCUCAGGAGCCAAAAACAAGGACAAAGAAAGUGUUUCUGCCCCCAGCAGAACAGCGCAACCUACUGAAGAAUCUAUGAAAGAAUAAUCACUUCCGCAAUUAAUUAAUUAACACUUCUAAGUUUAUGCUGUAAUAAUUACAACACAUUUUACUUGAAUGCCAGUUCUCUUUUGACACACCUAAAAGUAUAAAGCAAACAAGUAUGUUUUGUCAGAAGAAAACUCAUUUUAAUGCUAAAAAAAUUGUGUAUUAUUUUUUGUACACUUAUCUAAUAAAAACAUUAACAUCUA